AUGCGUUUCUUCUCCCUCCUACCGAUUGCUCUGCUAUGGGCCCGUCCAUCCAUAGCCGGCCUCGUCAGCCGACAGUUCCCCCAUCUUAUCAUCCCACUCAAGCAGGAUUUCCCCACGACGCCUUUCGGGACUCAAUACUCAGGCGAAAUUACGAUCGUAAAUGGUGCUCACCAAGUCUGGACGGAGAUUUCUUUCGACGUCCCUUCCAACUCGGCCCGUUCCUGUAAUCUCGCUGUCACAAUUGCCACCGGAAGCCAAGGCGCACCCUGGACUCUUACCGGCGAUAAUCCGUCGUUCAACAUCUUCGAAAUCUCCACCGCCAUGGACCAGCACCGUGAUGCUUGGAACCAGAACACCCGCCCGGCUGUUCAUGGAUGGGUUGCAACCUUUAACGUGCACUAUGAUGGCACUGUGACUAUGACGGGUGGCGAUAUAGUCUGCAAUAAGGGCGGCUUGGCGCAGUACCUAAUUGAGCCUAACGGCGGCCAAAACGUGGGGUUUACAUGGUUUGAGGAGGCGGACCCGGUGCACGGUAUCACGUAUGAGAUGUAUGACUGAAGGCGAAGGCUGAGAGGUGAGGGGAAGUCAGAACUGAUCUACGCCGUGAAAGGGUUCAGUAAUUCUGAGGAAAGUAAUGCGUGAUUGGACGAGGAGGAGGAUUUAAUUUGAAUGAGAUUGGCAACGAGGAGCAAGAAAAGGUUUUCAUAACGUCAAAAUCGAGUAGACCUACUACCC